CUCUUCGGCUUCAAGAGGUUUUCGUCAUCUAGAUCUCGUUCCGUACAGUAAUGGCUUAUUUCACCAACAUGCUGAUGAAUCCAUGGGUUCUUCAUCUCCAGAAGCUCGGUUUAGAGCUCAAGUGCCCUCUAUGCUUGAAAUUGCUUAAUCAACCGGCGUUGCUUCCUUGUGAUCACGUCUUCUGCGAAUCGUGUAUACAUGAAUCGUCACAAGUUGAAUCAGGCUGCCCUGUUUGCAAAUCCAAACAUCCCAAGAAGGCUCGGAGGAAUCUGCAUUUCAUGGAGAGUGUUAUAAGCAUAUACGAAAGCUUAAAUGCAGCUGUUGGUGUUCAUCUCCCUCAGUUACAGAUCCGGAACGGUUCCAACCGUCCACAAGACGGUGGAUCUGAAGAUUCUGAGAUGAUUGACAAGGAUGUGAUCAAGGGAAAUGGUGGUGGUAGUGACUCUUCUAGCCUUGAUGGUUCUCCCCUUCCAGCAUCUGAAUCAGACAACUCUGGCAAUCACACACCGGGAAGUCAGAAAGGGCCAGCUGCUAAAUGUAUGAGUGGCGUCACUGCUUCUGAGCAGUUUUGCAAUGCUGCGAGGAAGCGAAUUUGUGUGGAGUCCUUUAGUCGUGAUGAUUCUAUGCUUCCAAAGUCGAAAGACACUACUCCAAAUCCGAUAACUCAGGAUCAAACUGCGCAUCUGUUGAUGGAGAACCUCCAGUCAUGUGAUAAUGGAAAAGCACAGAUACAUCAGCAGGUACCUGAAAGUCAUACAGAACAAGCUGCAAAAAGGAAGUGUGACAUCACCGUUUCUGAAGCAAUGGAAAAUCAUCAAAAGGUUUACAAGAGGCAGAAGAACCUGAUGCAAAAAGCUGAUGAUUUUGAAUUGAAGAACAACUACACAUCAAACUCUGAUGAUCAGCUAAUUGGGAAUACCUCAAAGUCAACAGAUUUGACACCAUCUGUAAUUUCAGAUCAACCAUCAUCCAACAUAACCAUAUGUGGCUUCUGCCAGUCUGCUAGGGUAUCUGAGGCCACUGGAGAAAUGCUGCAUUACUCCAGAGGAAAUCCGGUGUUUGGAGAUGACAUCUUCCGAUCCAAUGUUAUCCAUGUCCAUAGCGCAUGUAUUGAAUGGGCACCGCAAGUUUACUACGAAGGUGACAUAGUGAAGAACCUGAAAGCAGAACUGGCAAGGGGGAUGAAAAUCAAGUGCACCAAAUGUUGUCUGAAAGGGGCUGCCUUAGGCUGCUAUGUUAAGUCUUGCCGCAGGAGCUACCAUGUUCCAUGUGCACGAGAGAUGUCCAGAUGCCGUUGGGAUAAUGAAGACUUUCUCCUGCUUUGUCCGGCACAUUCUUCAGUUAAAUUCCCAAGCGAGAAGUCUAGACCUCGUCGUUGUCUACCUAAAGCUGACUCCUUACCUGAAGGAAAAUCUGCUGAACUUUUUUCGCUGGAAGACAAGCCUGCAAUGACAAAAGACCUUGUUCUGUGUGGAUCAGCACUCUCUCAAGAUGAUAAGCGUGUGAUGGAAAAGCUAGCUGUUAAACUCAAUGCUACAAUAUCAAGAUACUGGAACCCAAGUGUUACACAUGUGAUCGCUUCUACAAACGAGAAAGGAGCUUGCACAAGAACCUUGAAGGUGCUUAUGGGUAUUCUCAACGGAAAGUGGAUUAUCAAUGCAGACUGGAUGAAAGCAAGCCUUGAAGCUUCUCAACCUGUUGAUGAAGAACAAUAUGAGAUUCACAUCGACACUCAAGGAUGUCAAGAUGGACCAAAAACUGCAAGACUCAGAGCAGCAUCUAAUAAACCAAAGCUCUUUGACGGCUUGAAAUUCUAUUUCCAUGGAGACUUCUUCAAAGGGUACAAAGAAGACCUUCAAAACCUACUCAAAGUCGCAGGUGGGACGAUCUUGAAAACAGAGGACGAGCUCACCGCAGAAAACAGCAACAACGUCAGUGAGAGUGACCAAAGAUCAUCAUCAACGAUUGUGGUGUACAACAUUGAUCCUCCACCAGGAUGUGGUUUAGGCGAAGAAGUGACGAUCAUUUGGCAAAGAGCAAAUGAAGCAGAAGCUUUAUCAAGCAAAACUGGGUCUAAAGUCGUUGGUCACACGUGGCUAUUGGAGUCCAUUGCUGGUUAUAAGUUACAUCCUAUGAUCAGCUAACUUAGAUAAAGAAACAAAAAAAAAAUGUUUCAGUUGCUUUACACAAUAUAUUUAAAAUUGUUAUAACUUAUAAGUUACAUCCUAUUUAUU